AUGGGCAAUGCAAGUGAAAUCAAUGUGGUGGAGGAUGAAAGCAGCAUAGAAUGUGGAAAACAAAAAAGCGAAGAAAACUUGAAAAAAGGAGAAGCAAAAGAAUUGGAAGAUGAAGAGUUAUCUGUGGAGAGGAUGUUCGAAAACAAGGAGGCGUCAUCAUGGAGGAAGCAGUUGAGUGUGAGAGCCUUUGCUGUAGGCUUUCUGCUGUCACUACUGUUCAGCUGCAUAGUGAUGAAACUCAACCUCACCACUGGAAUCAUACCUUCACUCAAUAUAUCAGCUGCUUUACUCGGGUUCUUCUUUGUCAAGAUUUGGACCAAGUUGAUGGCGAAAUUUGGCAUGUUGACUCAUCCCUUCACGCGCCAAGAGAACACCGUCAUUCAGACCUGUGUCACUGCUUCAUCUGGCAUAGCCUUCAGCGGAGGAUUUGGAAGCUACCUUCUCGCAAUGAGCGAACGCGUAGCCAAACAAUCAGAGGACAGCAGAGAUGGACUGGACUACAAGAACAUAUCCCUCGGGUGGAUGAUUAUCUUUCUAGCAGCAGUUAGCUUUCUAGGACUCUUCUGUGUCGCACCUCUGAGUAAGGUCAUGAUCAUAAACUUCAAGUUGACUUAUCCAUCCGCUACUGCAACAGCAAAUCUUAUUAACAGUUUCCACACUCCUCAAGGAGUCAAACUAGCAAAAAAGCAAGUCAGGGAGUUGGGCAAGUUUUUCUCAUAUACUUUCUUGUGGGGUUUCUUUCAAUGGUUCUUCCAAACUGAGGACGACUGUGGAUUUUCAAGCUUCCCAACCUUCGGAUUGAAAGCAUUAGAAAACAGGUUCUACUUCGAUUUUUCGACAACUUAUGUAGGAGUUGGGAUGAUUUGUCCUCGUAUCAUAAAUGUAUCUUUACUAGUCGGAGGAAUUAUUUCCUGGGGUAUUAUGUGGCCACUUAUUGAAACUCGCAAGGGCAGUUGGUAUUCUGCAGAUCUCCCUUCAAGCAGUUUACAAGGGCUUCAAGGUUAUAAGGUGUUCAUCGGCAUUGCCAUGAUACUCGGUGAUGGCAUAUACUUUUCCUUCAAGCUGCUGUUCCUAGCAGUAGCCAGAUAUGCUGCAAAACUUCGAGAGAAAAAUGCCAACAUGCAAAUCCCAGUGUCACAACAUUCUUCACCUUCUACAACAUUUAAGAGCUAUGACGAACGGUGCCGUACCCAGUUCUUUCUAAAGUAUCAAGUACCAACAUGGUUUGCAAUUGGAGGUUAUAUAAUCAUUGCUUCAAUCACUACUGCGGCGCUUCCUCACAUCUUACACCAGCUGAAAUGGUACUUCUUAUUCGGAACACUUACUCGAAUCUUCCACCAGCUUAAAUGGUACUACAUAACAGUGCUCUACAUCUUCGGCCCAUCCCUGGCCUUUUGCAAUGCAUUUGGGUGUGGGCUGACAGAUUGGUCUUUAGCAUCUGCAUAUGGGAAGCUUGCCAUCUUUGCUAUUGGGGCGUGGGCAGGUGCUUCUCAUGGAGGAAUUCUUGUUAGUCUAGCAGCAUGUGGUGUCAUGAUGAACAUAGUCACCACUGCCUCCGACCUUAUGCAGGAUUUCAAGACUGGCUACUUGACUAUGUCUUCACCUCGUUCCAUGUUUGUGAGCCAAGCAAUUGGCACAGCAAUGGGAUGCGUCAUUUCUCCUUGCGUGUUUUGGAUAUUUUACAAGGCAAUUCCUGAUCUCGGGCUUCCUACGAGUAACUAUCCUGCUCCUUAUGCUACUAUUUACUACAAUAUAGCUAAGUUAGGAGUCGAAGGUCCCUCAGCACUCCCAUAUUAUUGUAUGAAGCUAUGUUACGUAUUCUUUGCAGCAGCCAUUCUCAUCAAUCUCAUUAGAGAUGUUUUAGGCAAGAAAAGGUCGUGGUUUAUUCCACUUCCAACAGCAAUGGCAAUCCCAUUUUAUUUGGGAGCAUACUUCACCAUCGACAUGUGUGUUGGAAGCCUCUUACUCUACAUUUGGCAGAAGAUAAACAAGGCUAAGGCAGAUGCUUUUGGGCCAGCCGUAGCAUCAGGUCUAAUAUGUGGAGAAGCAAUGUGGGCGUUUCCUAGUUCUGUGCUAGCUCUAGCAGGGGUCAAACCUCCCAUUUGCAUGAAGUUCCUCUCCAGGAAAACAAAUAGCAAGGUCGAUAAUUUUUUACGAUCCUAGAUAAGGAAGAGAUAAUUACCUAUUACAUCUGGCGUUAGCCAGCUAUAUAGAUGAUGCAUAAUCUUGUACAACUGCUUCACAUGUUGAUGUUUUCACUGAGAUAGACCUGUUGGCUUAGGGUGAUCUAUAUUGGUUCAAGAAGCAGGGUUCUAGGUUUCCGGGAUGAUAAACUAUAAUCAUGUAACAGUAAGCACGUUAAGUGAUGAUAUAUUUGUGUUGUGCUGCA